UGCUUCUUCUUCGGUUUGGGCUUCUCUCUAUAAGAAGCAAGUGCUUGGUUUGACGAACUGCUGAGCGAUUUGCUAAAUGGGGACGUCGGUGCUUCAUCGUUUCGACGGCGUCGGCAUCAUCCGACCACGCUGCCUUGUUAUGCCCUUCUAGUGCUCGCCGAGCGGCCUAGAGAAUAUUCCGACCGCCAAUGUCGCAUCCUUUCAACUCGUCGGAGGCCGAGAACAGCGCCAAUUCCGCGUGCUCGCUCACCUCCUCCUCUUCCUCCUCCUCCUCCUCCUCGAAGGCGAAGACGCAGGCUGCGAAGAGGCCGGAGGCGCCGGCGGGCGGCCGGUCGUCGUACCGCGGCGUGCGGAUGCGGAGCUGGGGCAAGUGGGUGUCGGAGAUCCGCGAGCCCCGCAAGAAGUCGCGCAUCUGGCUCGGCACCUUCCCGACGCCGGAGAUGGCGGCGCGCGCCCACGACGCGGCCGCGCUCGCCGUCAAGGGCGCCGCGGCCGCCGUGCUCAACUUCCCCGAGCUCGCCGCCCGCCUCCCCCGCUCGGCCUCCCUCUGCCCCCGCGACGUCCAGGCUGCCGCCGCCGAGGCCGCCGCCAUGGAGCCCUCCGCUGCGGCCGCCGCGCCGGCGCCCCCCGCCUCCGACGAGGACGACGAGCUCGCGGAGAUCGUUGAGCUACCGAGUCUCGACGACGGGUGGAAUCUCGACGAGCUCCUCGUGUACGAGCACACCACCGCGCUGGGCUCGCCGACGUCCCAGAGCCCAUGGUUCGAGUUCUACGACUCGAUGUCGUCGUCGGAAUGGCCGGAAUCCUUCGAUCCGACGAGCUUCGGUGGCCGUAUAUGGGACAAUGCAGAUUGAACAACAGGGCCAAGAAUCAAAUCUCCCUGUUCUCCCUUCUCUAUCCAUCUCUGUCUAUUGAUCUUCGUUGCUGUUAAAUGGUUUGCUUCGAUUGCCAUCAAUAUCUGGAUCUUUUGGUUUUGUAAAUUUUAUCCUUUUUUUAUUCAAAAAAUAAAAAUAAAAAAAUCCUAAA